AUGUCGCAGUCAAUUGCACCACGUGUGGCCCUCCGCUUGAGCUCCAGAAGCUUGUUGGGUGUGUCUACGAGAGCCAUUGAGUCGCCAUGCCAUAAUCUCUGUGCUUUCCAUGCCUCGACAACACUAUGUGGCCCAAAGCUAAGGAACUUUUCCAAAUACCCCCCGCUAUUGAAGAAGGCAGGGAAAGCCAACAAGUCGCAUGCAAAGACAGACUCCAGCCCGCCUGUCAACCAGGCCGGUGGACCGACAGCGACUGAUGAGAUCUAUGACAUGUCUGAGCUCGAGUCCUCCAUCUUGAAGGCCAUCGAGAAACUCACACACGACCUGGCCCAGCUUCGAAGUGGAGGACGGCUGAACCCUGACAUCGUCGAGAGCUUGAAGGUGCAGCUUGGUACAACAGCACAGGGCAAGGAGGCCGUGCGAUUGGGCGACAUAGCGCAAGUAGUCCCUAGGGGACGAGUGCUGAACGUGAUAUGCGGGGACGAUGCACACAUCAAACCUAUUACAACCGCCAUUGCUGCUUCACCCCAUUCCCUCACUCCACUUGCGCCCGAUCAGAACAAUCCUCUUACCAUCCAAGUGCCCCUCCCGCCGCCGACGGGCGAUACGCGACGAGAAGCAAUCGAGUCGGCGAGAAAGGCUGCGGAGAAGGCUGAUGCUAUGGUUCAGCGCGCCCGACAGGACCAUAAUAAGCUGGUCAGAAAGUACGAUCUCAACAAAGAGGUGCGCCCAGACGAUAUUCAAAAGGCGAAGAAGCGCAUGGAAGAAGUUGUAAAGAGGGGUCACGAUGAGGUCAAGCGCAUUGCUGAUGGUGCCAAAAGGGUCUUGGAUAGCCAGUAG